AUGAACACCACGUACGCUGCCGAGCAGCAGAUACCCGUGGCGGGCGCUGCGUAUCCUCCCUCGUCCGCUUCCACGUCUGCCUCGGUGGCCAGCUCGACGACUUCGUACCCGUCCUAUCAGCCGCCGCAACAACAUCAGCACCACCACCCGGCACCUCCUCAGAACCAGAACCCCCACCCGCACCUGCACCAGCACCACCCUCACCAGCACCUCCAGCUUUCACACCAGCAGCAUCCGCAUCAACCCCAGCAGCCUCCCUCGCGACAGUCGCAACCUAGCCCUCAUGACAGCCAUGCCCACCACCAGCCCCCGCCACAUUCUCACCCUCAUCCUCACCAGCCUGCCCAAGCGCCCCUGCCGCCAUCUACAUCUGCGCAACAACACCGCGGCAUGAUGCCGCCGCCCCAGCUUCAGCAGCCGCCGCCGCCGGCGCAAAGCCUUCCUGCCCCCAAGCAAGAGGACCCUUCGUCGGCCGCCGCCGCCGCGGUCACGGCCAUGCUGAAGACCUGUUCCAAUGUGGACGAAUCCACUGGCCGCAAAUACCGCUUAGAUGUCGUUCAGCAACCCAGGCGAGCUCGCAUGUGCGGCUUUGGCGACAAGGACCGAAGGCCGAUCACACCACCGCCCUGCGUCCGGCUCAUCAUCACCGAUGCCGCUACUGGGAGAGAAAUCGACUGCAAUGCCAUUGACCAUUCCAUGUUUGUUCUCAACGUGGACCUCUGGAGCGAUGAUGGAUCUCGCGAGGUCAACUUGGUACGGUCGUCCACCGGCAGUCCUUCCAUCUCAUCCACAACGCCUUUCUCUUACUCCACGCUCAAUGGCGGGGAUCCGUCUAUGAGCCCGUACCCCCAGCACGUUCUGGCAUCCAGCCGCGACGGAUCCUAUCCCCCGGCGCAAGCAGGGCCCUACGUCUCGGACUAUCAGGUGCAGCCUGGGUACAAUCAAGGACCUUCCCCAUUCCCGCCAAAUGGGUCCUACGGCCCUCCACAGCAGUACUUCCCGCAGCACCCGCAGCACCCGCAGCACCAAGGCUACAGACACGACGGCAGCGUGCCGCCAUUGCCCUCGCAGGCAAACAUGGUUCAGUUCAAUCGAAAUGGCGUUCCCGUUGCGCCAGGCUACGGCCCCGGUCCGGCGGGGGUAACAGUGGUGGGCAACCAGCCGCAAGGCAUGUUCACACGGAAUCUCAUCGGGAGUCUGGCAGCAAGCGCCUUCCGCCUCAGCGACACGACGGAUCACAUCGGCAUCUGGUUCGUUCUCCAAGAUCUCAGCGUUCGUUCCGAGGGCACAUUCCGCCUCAGGUUCUCCUUCGUGAACGUCGGGGCCCGCGGUGGAUCCCGUCGGGAUGGGAACGCCCCGAAGAUCAACACCGGCCGAGCCCCGAUUCUAGCAUCCUGUUUCAGCAAUCAAUUCACCGUCUACUCGGCAAAGAAAUUUCCAGGAGUGUGCGAGAGUACACCACUAAGCAAGACUUUCGCGACGCAGGGAAUCAAGAUUCCCAUACGGAAAGAUGCGAACGUCAAGGGCGGCGAUGACGACGACUAUGGCGAGUAA